GGAGCGAACCGCCGGCUGCCCGCCCUCCCUCCCUGCUGCUCCCCCCCGCCGCCGCCGCCUCUCUUCCCCGGCCUCCCUGAUGCCGAGGAAUGGAUAGAGCGGCUGCCCUGCGAGCCGCCGGCAUGCUGGAGAGGAAGGAGAGGAGCGGUGGCGAGGCGGCGGCCGGCGGCGGCGGUGGCGCGGGGCCCCGGGCGGGCGCGGCGGCGCGGGGUUUGCCGGCCGUGCGGAGCACGCUGCAGCAGUGCGGGCUGCUGCAGGACCUCAUCGACAUCUCGCUCUCCAACCUGCGCGGGCUCCGCACGAAGUGCGCCGCGUCCAACGACCUCACCCAGCAGGAGAUCCGCACCCUGGAGGUGAAACUGAUUGACUACAUCCACAGACAACGGCAGUGUAAGCUGAGUGUGCCCCUGAAUGACAGGACAGCAGAGCUCAACAGCUACCCAAGAUUCAAUGACUGGUUAGACAUUGUCAAUGUGAGGAAAGAAGUUGUACAGAGAAUACCAGAGGAGCUAACCUUAGAUGCCUUACUAGAAAUGAAUGAGUCAAAGGUGAAAGAAACAAUGAAGAGAUGUGGUGCCAGAGAUGAGGAGUGCUCCAGACUCAAUGGGGCACUGAGCUGCUUACGGAAGGUGACUGAAUCAGGUGGGGAGUUAAAAGAUGAUGUGCUGAUGAAUCUUUCUGAGGCACGCCGAGAGAACAGCUCUACAAACACGAUCGAAUCCCCCUGCUCCUCUGCGCCCACAUGGACUCCCUCUGCACUGCACCUUCCCAAGGGCAACAGCCAGCAGGCACGCUCCGUGUCAGUAUCUACAAUCCCAUCCUCAGAUUCUCUUGCCUCAAGUCAUGGACCUUCUAUCUAUGCAGAAAACCUCCUGGACCCUUUUGCAUUCCCCGCACACAGUGGAAGGUUAACACCAAGGACUCCUCACAGCAUCACCAUCACUCCACCAACCACUCCUCAAGCCAAGAGACGGCAUAAGUUGAAGCCACCACGGACUCCUCCUCCCCCUUGCCGGAAGGUGUUUCAGCUGCUACCUAACUUUCCAACCCUCACAAGGAGCAAGUCCCAUGAAUCACAGUUGGGAAACAGGAUAGAUGAAGUUCCUCCAAUAAAGUUCGAACUCUCCCAAGGAUCCCCUCAAACAGUACGAAGAGACUUCGGCUUAGCUGUAACACACAGGUUCUCUACAAAGUCUUGGUUAUCUCAGAUUUGCCAAGUCUGUCAGAAAAGCAUGAUGUUUGGGGUGAAGUGUAAGUACUGCAGAUUAAAAUGUCACAACAAAUGUACUAAAGAGGCACCUGCUUGUAGAAUAUCCUUCCUUCCCAUAACAAAAAUAAGAAGAACAGAGUCUGUCCCUUCUGAUAUCAAUAAUCCAGUAGACAGACCAACAGAACCACAAUUUGGAACUCUUCCCAAGGCACUAACUAAAAAGGAGCAUCCACCAGCAAUAAAUCAUCUGGACUCUAGCAGUAAUCCUUCUUCUACAACCUCAUCCACACCAUCUUCGCCAGCACCUUUCCAGUCUUCCAACCCUCCCAGUGCAACACCUCCCCCAAACCCAUCUCCUAUGGGCCAGAGGGAUGGACGAUUUAACUUUCCAGCUGCCUACUACAUUCAGCAUAGACAACAAUUUAUCUUCCCAGAAAUUCCCAGUCCUGCGCAAAUAGCACAGCCUCCAGAAACAGCUGCAGACACUAAUGCUGAUCAACAGCCAGACACAGAUGGAGUUGAAUGUGAAGCAGAGGUGGAAGAACCGGAGGCUAAUAAAUCAGAACCUGAAGAUGAUGAGGAUGAGGUGGAAGAUUUGCCAAACAGACGGCCACACUUGCAAGGGAUGAUUUAUCGCAAACCUAGCCAGACCAGUGUCUACCUGCAGGAGUGGGACAUUCCCUUUGAACAGAUUGAACUGGGGGAUCCUAUUGGCCAAGGACGAUGGGGGAAGGUUUACAAGGGAAAAUGGCACGGGGAAGUGGCCAUCAGGCUGUUGGAGAUAGACGGGAACAAUCAGGAUCAUCUCAAGCUCUUUAAAAAGGAGGUGAUGAACUAUAGACAGACCCGGCAUGAGAACGUGGUACUUUUCAUGGGAGCAUGCAUGAACCCUCCUCAUUUAGCAAUCAUUACCAGCUUCUGCAAAGGAAGGACGCUUCACUCAUUUGUAAGGGACCCCAAGAUAUCCCUCGAUAUUAACAAAACCAGGCAGAUAGCACAGGAGAUCAUUAAGGGCAUGGGGUAUCUUCAUGCAAAGGGGAUUGUACAUAAGGAUCUGAAAUCCAAGAAUGUUUUCUAUGACAACGGGAAAGUUGUGAUCACUGACUUCGGAUUAUUUGGAAUUUCGGGUGUGGUUCAGGAAGGAAGGAGGGAGAAUGAAUUGAAGCUGCCUCAUGACUGGUUAUGCUACCUGGCCCCUGAAAUUGUUCGUGAGAUGGCCCCUGGGAAAGACGAAGACAAGCUGCCUUUCUCCAAAGCUGCAGAUGUCUAUGCCUUUGGGACUGUGUGGUAUGAGCUCCAAGCAAGAGAAUGGCCUUUCAAGAACCAGCCUGCAGAGGCGCUCAUCUGGCAGAUCGGAAGCGGCGAAGGAGUGAAACAAGUCCUUGCAACUGUUAGUUUGGGGAAAGAAGUCAAUGAAAUUCUCUCAGCGUGCUGGUCAUUUGAUCUCAGUGAGAGACCUAGCUUCACUGUCCUCAUGGAUAUGCUUGAAAAACUGCCAAAAUUGAAUCGUCGGCUCUCCCACCCAGGGCAUUUCUGGAAGUCUGCUGACAUUAACAGUAGCAAAGUUGUCCUGCGUUUUGAAAGAUUUGGCUUGGGAAUCCUGGAACCAAGUAAUCAAAAGAUAUAGCAUGGUGUGUAAUUGUCUUGUGAUAAUGUUGUCUGCCUACUUACACAAAGCAUCAGAAAUCUUCACUGAAUCUACCAAACUAUGAAACUGGUGCAGCCACAGCUGAAAGCCGCACGACCAUCAGUUCACAGUCCUGUGUUGUUCGUAAAGUCUGAGUUCUGCCUGAGCACCAGCAGUUAAAGAAUGUUUACAUGAUACUUUUGUGUGAACUAUAUUUUUUUAAACAUAAUAAACAGUGAAUCAAGUUUAACUACAGCCAUUCUCAAAUAGCACUGAAAAAAGAA